AUGAAAAGAUUAUGUUUUUAGAAAGAUAUCUACCAUCGUUCCAAUGGAUGAACUGACCAGCAACAGAUUCUACGAUGACUAAGCAAAUUUUUCUUCAAAGCGUAAAAGCUAGAGUAAAAUCAGAACUUUGGUGGUUUUUUGACAUUGUAACUUGAAAAAUUCAGUUAAAAAGAAAUAUCCAUGGAUGGAAAACGAUCUAUAAAAAUGGAUCCUCUGUCACCUGGACCUUGUCUAGACAUUAGUGAUGAUGAACUAGUAACUAUAUCAGUAAGAGAUUUAAACAGGCAAUUGAAAUUGCGUGGAUUAUCUAGAGAAGAAAUAGUACGUAUGAAACAACGUAGACGGACAUUAAAAAACAGAGGGUAUGCAGCUAGUUGUCGUAUCAAAAGAAUUGAGCAAAAAGAUGAAUUAGAAUCAGAGAAAACACAAGAAUAUCGUGAUAUGGAAGCUAUGCAGGAAGACAAUAAUCAUAUGAGAGAAGAAAUUGAAUCUUGGCAUUCUAAAUAUCAAGCAUUAAAAAAAUUUGCAUUAGAAAAGAAGAUUCACAUUCCACCUGAAUUAGAAACUAUAUAAAAUAUUUAUUUAAGUAUUUUAAAAUUUUGUAUUAAAAUAAUAAAGAUUGAACAAUUAUUUGCUAAAUAUAUUAUUUCUAAGAAUUGAUCAAAGUUGUUAAAUGAAAAUGAAAUACAAAAACUAUAUAAAAUAUAUAGUUAACUAUAAAAUUGUAAAUGCUAGAUUGCAAUAUUUGCAAUCAAUUACAAUAAUUGUAAAUGAUUUGUACUUAUAUUGAAAACUAAAUACACUAUAUAGCAUUUAUUUA